AUGCCAGCCCAAAUUACCGGCCCUAUGCCAGCCAGCAUCCCGAUUCAUGUCGGUGGCGACCAGAGUAACAACUACCGCAAGCACCACAAACACUCACGAUCAUCCUACUCAGAGUCGUCUCCCCUGGCCAACUCUAGAAACAACUCGUUGACUUUCCGCCCGCCGAAGCGACACAUGUCAACUCCAGACAAGACCAUCGCUAUUACCAACGCAAGCGGCCGCCAGGCUGCGUCCCUGAUCCGUGUCGCUACAGCCGUCGGAUAUCGCGUUCGAGCACAGCUGAGAAAUCUUGAGGGAGUUGUUGCAACCGAGGUCUCGACAAACCCAAACGUGACGGUAUUUGUGGGUGAGCUGUAUACUAGACACAAUCCUACGAAUGAAAACAAGGAUGUCACGCAAAAUGGUCCGAUUGCCGGUGUCGGUGUCAACCAUGACCUGAUAACAAAUCUCUUUCGUGGCGCACAACUGGCCUUCAUAAACACCACCUUUUACGGCGACGAAGUCCAAAUCGGUAUGGCGCUGGCCGACGCAGCGAAGGACGCGGGUGUCCAGCACUACAUCUACUCGUCAAUGCCUGACCACAAGGCCUAUAACAAGGACUGGCCUUCUUUGCCACUUUGGGCGGCAAAGCAUGAGGUGGAGGAGUAUGUUCGAAAGCUGGACCUCCCUGCGACCUUUGUUUACACGGGCAUUUAUAACAACAACUUCACGUCGUUGCCGUAUCCGUUGUUUUGCAUGGAACUCCAAGAAGACGGGUCUUUCAUCUGGCAAGCACCCUUUCACGAGGACGCCAAGCUCCCUUGGCUGGACGCGGAACAUGACGUUGGGCCGGCAAUCGUACAGCUGUUCAAGGAUGGAGUCUCGAAAUGGAAGGGCGAGAGGAUUGCCCUGGCCUAUGAAUAUCUGACGCCCAAAGAAGCCUGCAGGCUGUUUGCAAGAGGCGUCGGUCGUCCCGUGCACUACGUCCGCGGGCCCAUUGAGGUCAAGGUUCAGAUACCCACCGGCUACCGAGAACAACUGGAGGCACUGGAGAAGCUGUUCAAGCUCGGUGAGCAGGACCCGAAAAGGCAAGCCCCUUAUUUUGGGGACAUGAAACUCGAGAUCAGCUGCCCCACAGAAGCCCUUGAGCUCUGGGAAGGGCCCCGAGGACUGGAGGAGUACGCGCGAGAAAUGUUCCCUCUCGAAGAGGAGGCCAACGGACUCACGUGGAUGCUGGACGAGGACGAAAUCGAGCAGAGGGCCGCCGCCGACGAUAAGCUCAACGCCACAACAACAUCCGUGGAACAGUUGAGGCUCCACGACGAGAACGAGGAUGACGGUUCGGACGACGAAGACGAAGGCCUCGUCAUGAGAGGCCUGAAGCGAGACGAAGAACAAUGGUUGGCAUAG